GACUCGCCUGUCGCCCCGCGGGCGGGUAGGGGCUGCCUUGGGGAGGCAGUGCGGGCAGCUGGGAUCGGACACCGUUAGCCCCCCGUUGGGGUGGGGGCUGUGCUCGGAGCUCUUGCUCCCGAGACUGUCCGGGGGUGGGACCCACAAACCGCCGGGCCAGGGGGUGCGAGGGCCCGGGCUGUGCGCGCAGGUACAUCGGGACAUCGUGCAAGGGUAAAUAUUUAUACAGAAUGUCAGUGAACUCAUUAUUUGGGAAUAAGAAGAGAAAUAGCUCCAUAUUAUAUGGUGUGGCUCAGGCACAGAUUAUGGCUUCAUCUUCUGUUUAUCGAGAAUCCACUAGUCGAGGAUGUAUUGGGAACCAUGGAGAUGGCUUCCCCCCAAACAAGCGUUACAAAAGCUUUGAGUCAAAGUCCAAACAAACAGAAGAUCCUUUUGGAGACAAUGAUGACUUCACAGCUGAUGACUUGGAAGAAAUAGAUGUAAUUGCUUCACAGGCUUUAUCACAAGUUCUAGAGUCAAAUACUCUUUCUAGAACAACACACGUCCAGAAACCUGAACAGAAUGACAGACCAUCCAUAACCCUAAACACCACUAAUCAAAAGUCUUUGAAUACUGAACAACGGAGUGUUGCCUCUAGUGCAGAAAGAAAUAUGAAAGACCAGUUUGGAAAUGGCACUGAAGAUAUUCGAAUUAAAGACACAUUUGGAUUUGAAGUACUGCAAACACAACAUGAAGAAGUUAAGCAAAAGCUGAAAGAAAUACAGGAUGAAAUCCUUGUUAAAAAUGGAGAAAUAAAAAUUUUGCGGGACUCAAUGCUGCAGAUGGAAUGCACUUUGGAGGAACAGAGAAGAUCAUACAUGCUACUGGAAAAGGAAAAAGAUCAGACACUAAGUGAAAAAGAAAAGGAGUUCUUCAGAAAGUUACAGUCAUUGCAGUCAGAGUUGCAGUUUAAAGAUGCUGAAAUGAAUGAAUUGAGAGCAAAACUUCAAAACUGUGAAAGAACUAAGCCUGUUACUCCGUCAGUUACAAAUUCCAGCCCUAGGAAGAGUCCCUCCAGAAUUGUAAAAUUGGAAGCAUGUUCUCUUCAGACUGGAAAAAGCUCUUUUCCUACAAAAGAGACUUUCAGCGCUGACAUGUCCCUUAAAGUAUCCUGUUCUGCAGCAAAUUUGCUUUCUGAGACUUCUUUGAACAAGGAGGACAGUAAGACCCCCUGUCCUGAAAUCGAACUUGUGAAGCAAGAAGUGAUGGAGAAAAAUGUGUCUUACAGUUUUGUUCAAAGACAAAACACCCAAGGUUCUGUCUUACUAAAUGCACUGAUGAAACAGCCUAUUGCCCCUGGGUCAUUACUAGGACUUUGUCAUCUUCUUAGCAGUAACUCUGAAGUGCUACCUGGGUCUGUCUUGCAGCCUAACUUUUUCAACACAGGAUCUACAGGAACAUCCAGCAUCAGGACAAUUUAUUCUCAGGAUGGAACUUCUUCUUCUUUUCUUGCUUUAAGAGAAGCUCAAAAACUUGCCAUAACGGGAUUGAACUUGAUUGCUAUGGAUGAAGGAUCAUCCAAGGGAGACCUGGCAGAAAGUGAGAGAGGACUGUUCCUUCUUAAACGCUUUAAGAUCCCAGGUGCAGUGCAUCUUCUGCCUCUAGUGGAAUACCAUAUCAGUGCAUACUGUCAAGCUCUGCAGUUGUCAGCAAAGUCAAGAAACAGUCCUGAAAAUCAAUCAGUUAGUUCUUCUAGAACUAACUCAAGUAUAAUAUCAAGUACUGAGGAUUUUAGAUCUACUCUGCAAGAGACUACCAUUACAUCUCUAGGUGUUCUUUAUUACUUGGUAUAUUACAGCUGGGAUGUUGUUUAUACAUUACUAUCUUCUGAAGUGAAAAGUGUGUCUGAGAUGGAGAAGAACAUGGUGUGCAAUCAUCAAUCUGAUGAUAAAAAAGAAAAUUCCAGACCACAAGGCCAAACUGUUGAACCACAAGAUGCUGCUAAUAAUGACCAAUCCCAACAUUCUUUGUUCAAAAAAUUACUUCAGCUGUUAGCUUUGUCUUCCACAGCAACAGGUUCCCAGACUGACAGUAUCAUGAAUCAAAGCCUAAAGGUUUUGGUGAAACUAGCUGAGAAUUCAACAGUUGAGUUACUAAUAAGUUUUUGGCACUUGCUAACUAGCCAGAUGCUGCUUCGCUGUGUGUGUCCUGAGACCCCUUUGUCUGCUGUCCAUCUGACUGUGCGGCUGUUGGCCAUGCUUAUUCAUCACCAGAAGCUAGCUGCUCAACUUUGUUGUCAUUCCGAAAGCUGCCUUCUUCUUGCACUGUACAUGUAUAUUACUUCAAGACCAGAUAAAUCUGCAUCUGAAAUGCUUUGGCUUCAGCUGGAACAAGAGACUGUUAGAUUCCUGACUAAGUGUGUGCGCUGCUCCAGUCCAUCAAUUUUACUACUUGGUACAGAUUGCCAGUGCAGCCUCGAGGUAGUCAAGGCACUUAUUAUAAUGUUGCAUAGACAAUGGGUGAAGGUUAGAAGAUCUGAGAGCAACUUGAGUGUGUAUAGAGAACGAAUUGUUCAGUUUUUACGGGACACGGUUUUGCUCUUGCAUAGUCUAUCUCAAAAAGAUAAACUGUUUCAUGAACAUUGCCUGGAAGUUCUCCAUCAAUAUGAUGAAGCCAUGCCUGGUGUCAGAGCCAUCCUCAAAAAAACUUUAAAUUUGAAGGCCUCUGAAGGAUUGCUUUCUUGCACUUAGGACCGCAGAGCAUCCAGGCUUUCCUGAAGCCAAUAUUGUCUCUUCUGCCAUUGCUGAACAGUCGUCUGCAUAUUCCUGUUCCUUCAUAUCCAUUCUUACCAAAUGAGAAGUGCUCAUUUUCACUAAGUUACGUAGUGGAAAUGCUGAAGUUCUUUCUACAUUUCCAUGUAACACAAUAUGUUUCUCUGCUGCUAGAGUAGUGGCUUUUUGAAGGUGUAACUGUUGUAUUUUGUAAACUAUGAAAACUAACCCUAAAAUACUGUAGAUACUGUAUAAAUAGGUAGUAUUUUCAACAGGUAACUAACAUUUGGAAACACUCAGCUAAAUUUAAGGGGCUCUUUGGAGUGGUUCUUGCCUUAGGUUGGGUUUCAGAAUGUUUUUUUGAAGUGAAAGUUCAUAGAACAAAUAUACACACACACUCUCUCUAAGAGCAUACUUCACUGGAUCAAACUUUACUCUGCCAGGAUAGCAGUCUUUUAAAGAGUGUUCUUGGUGUGGGGCUGGAGUGGGAGGAGGGGACUUCUGGAGCAGAGUAUUGUUGUUUCCUUGAAUACGUAAUGCUCAUAUGUGUUCUUAACCAUAUUAAUUUUGGUUGUUUAAAUAUAUUAACUGAGGAAUCUGAUUGUUUUAAACAAUGUUCUGAUAUUCUGUUUCAGAGUUGGCUUUGGAUGAGUUGUAUCCUCCUGAGCCAGAAGCAGAUGAUCAAGAAAUGGACUGCAGCUAGUAAUUCAGCAAUAAUCCACCCCUCUCUGAAUUUUUGUUACUUAGCAUUGUUGCCGAUAUUCAUGUGAAAUUUAACUUGUGUGAAAUAUAACCUGUAUGUGGUAAACUCUUAAAUUAAUGGUGUGCUAAAGAUUAAUUACUGUCACUUAAGUGUAGCAUGGCUCAUUUUGCUUAAUUGCCAGCUAAAUUUAGCAUAAAAUAUUUUGAUAUCAAAUCUUUUUGAUACUAAAAAGAGAAUUAAACUUAAUUUUGUUUUAUUAUGUAUUUUUGCAGUUUGAAAAUACUUAAAGUGACAUGGAACUAAACUUGAUGCAAACAUGCUGUGAAUGAAGUCAACACUUUCCAGUUACUGUAAUUAAGUCUUUAUGGUGUUGAAUGUACUGAGUCCCACGAUCAUUGUAACUUUUUAACACACAACUUUUUUUAAAAGUGUGUUUUCUCAUUUUUAUUUAGUGUUUUGUCUAAAUUACUCCAUUUUGGGGUUGGCAGCCUUCAAGAAUUUGCUUAUUCUGAUAUUGGUAGAUGACUUUAGUACUCUUGAUUUUAAAAUAUAUGUAUUGCAUUUACAUAGUUGACACUGUUUUUCAAGGCAAAAGUUAUUAAAACCUACUCUGCCCCUGCAA